AUGUUGACCACCCGAGACUGCAGUUCCGACACAUCAUGCCCCGUCCCCGGUGGCUUCUUGUCAUACCAGACAUCCCCUGCCGGCAAUGCUUUCAUGCUUGCUGCUUUCGCCGCACUCAUCCCUAUCAACACAUUUACGGGGGUCCGCUACAAAACGCCCCUUUAUGCCGUAUUGACCACGCUUGGCCUACUCCUCGAGGUUGUGGGUCAUGCUGGGAAAAUACUGCUACGGUCGAACCCUGCCAGCGAAGGCCGUUUCCUCCUAUAUAUGAUAGGGACACUAUGGGGACCGACAUUCAUCAGCGCCGCCGUCUACCUGGUUCUUCCGCAUGUCAUGGUUAUCUAUGGCGAGCAGUUCAGCCUCAUUCCGGAGCCCAUCUACUGUAAUAUCGUGUUUGUGGCUCUCGAUAUCUUCACCUUGGCUUUCCAGUCCAUCGGGAUUGCUCUAUCAGCUACGAGCGAUACUGAGCUUGAGAGACAUCAGGGAUUGAACAUCCUGUUGACCGGGUUGGCUUUACAGUUGACAAGUCUUGCCCUCUUCUUGGGUGGCUACUGGUACUUCCGGCUCAAAUUAUCUCAUCGCCGGUUUAUCUUUGAUCCCACGUUUUCCAUGGUCUACUUGUCUUCUUACUUCAAAAAAUUCCUCCUUUGCAUACAGGCAGCCUCGGUACUUCUGCUAGUAAGAGCAUCUAUCCGACUGGCUGCUUUUACCGGAGGGCUCGCAAGCGGCCUCGUGCAAUCCCAAGUCGUCUCGCUAGUACUUGACGACACCCUCGUACUUGUCGCCGCUAUCAUUCUCUCCAUGGCACCUGUUGGGAGGGCCUUUGGAUCAUCUUGGGCUGAGACUGCCCCGUUCACGCUUGCGGGCGAUGAGUCAGAUCUGCCUCUACGCAACUGGCGGCCAUCGACAAGCCAGCACAGAAAGAGAGCCAUUUCACAGCCAUUUCCAGCAUCUCCCAUGACUGCGCAACCAUCUCCGCGGUCAUACCAUUCCAUAUAUCCGCCACCACCCCCACCGUUGGCAUCGCCGCAAGACAAGCGCGUGUAUCAGCGGGCACCCUAUGAGAUUACCCCGGUACAGGUUGUACCCUACGUGCCCAGCGAAGCGGGAAGCCCGCCCCUUUCAGGGUCUAUGCCGGCCGAGACGCCGAGGAGAACGCCUAGAGAGGCGCAGAAGCUUGUUGACCCUGAUGCGCUUUGGGGCUAA